UCUCUAGUAUAUAUAUGUAUGUGACUUCAUGAAUAUAGUGUAACCAAAUUUCUCUCAUUAAUUCAUCAACACUGAUAUAAAGUUGAACAAAAUGGUUGGAGGACUAGCCAAUGGUUGGGCUGCCCGGGACUCAUCCGGUCAUCUCUCGCCUUAUUCCUUUAAUCUCAGGGAAAUACACGCAAACGACAUUUUAUUGCGCGUAUUAUAUUGUGGAGUAGACCACACGGAUCUACUUCAGGUCCGGGGUCAAAUAGGCAAGACCAGCUAUCCUUUGGUUCCGGGUCAUGAAAUAGUGGGCGAAGUAGUUGAAGUAGGGGUAGAAGUGAAGAAUUUCAAAGCUGGUGAUGUGGUUGGAGUGGGAGGAAUCAUUGGGAGUUGCGGAGAAUGCAAUCUCUGCAACUCCGACCUAGAGCAAUACUGUCGCGCCAGGAUCUUAACCUACAACCACGCCUUGGGCGACGAAACUAUCACACAAGGCGGCUUUUCGUCUGCAAUGAUUGUCCAUCACAGAUUUGCAGUAAAAAUACCUGAAAAGCUAUCACCGGAGCAGGCUGCGCCACUACUAUGUGCCGGUGUGACAGCAUACAGUCCAUUGAAACAGUUCAUGAAUCGUAAAGAGGUUGUGAGAGGAGGAAUCCUAGGGCUAGGCGGAGUGGGUCACCUGGGAGUCAUGAUAGCGAAGGCGAUGGGGCAUCACGUGACGGUGAUCAGCUCCUCCGAUAAGAAGAGAGAGGAAGCGAUGGAGCAUCUGCGCGUCGACGCCUACCUAGUCAGCUCUGACGAGGCUGCGAUGGCAGAAGCUGUCGACAGCCUCGACUAUAUCCUUGACACGGUCCCUGCUCUUCAUCUCCUCGACCUCUAUAUUUCGCUUCUCAAAGCGCAGGGGAGGAUGUUGUUAGUGGGGGCACCUCCUUGGCCACUUGACUUUAUCGCUUCGCAUCUCAUUUUAGGGAAGAAGGUGAUGGAGGGGAGUUUGAUGGGGAGCAUGAAGGAUAUGGAAGAGCUGCUGAAUCUGUGGGCGGAGAAGGAACUGGUGACUAUGGUCGAGGUGGUGAAUGCUGAAUAUGUUAACGAGGCGUUUGAGAGGAUGGAGAGAAACGAUGUGAGAUACCGAUUUGUGCUUGAUGUAGCUGCAUGGGCCAACAAACUUCAUUGACCUAUAAUGGUUGAAUUCAUGUUUGUUCUUUGUUGAAGAAUGUGUGAUGAAGUUUUCAUGCAUGGUCGCAUCGAGGUUUCAUAUUGCAUCGCUUUCCUUGGACGAGACACUGUAGGCGUAAACUAGGUAACCGUUUUCUAGUGCUUUUCUUGUGUUCUUUUCGUUGUAAUGAACUAGGUGAUUAUUGUCAGGUGUGCUUUUCUUAUGUUGUUUCCCUACAACUUCCGUUGGCACUUUUUCUAAUAAUGAUAUUACGUAGUGGUAUUUUUACUUUUUGUGAUA